AUGAAUAACGCUGCAGAAAUCCUCAAGUCAGUCCAGAUAGGUUUAGAUGUCUGCAUAUUUCUUCUGAACACCGAUCGUGGCCUACAAGCGACUGAGCUAUGUAAUGAAUGUACAACUCUACUUCAAAACCUUGACACUGGUAUUCAGCUUGAUAUCUCCGAUGUAAUAUUCCAUACUUACUACACCAUCUUUGCUAACUGCAAACUUCUUGAAACGCUCCUCAACGUUGGAAUACUAACAACACAACUGGGAGACAAAUAUAAAGCACAAAGCCGGUUUGUAGAGGCAAAGGAACUUUUUAAAAGCGCACUCGCCAUCUGGAAAACGAUUGGUCACAAAAAAGGAGAAGCUGCGGCUCAUGGAAGACUUGGAAAUGUAUGUUAUCUCCUAAGUGAAAUGCAGAACGCAGAAAAAUACCACCAGAAAGCACUUGCCAUCGCGAUAGAAAUUGGUGACAGAGAAGGAGAAGGAGGAAGAUACAGGAACCUCGGAGCUGUGUUUGAUUCCCGUGGCGAAUAUCAGAAGGCUGAAGAAUAUUACGAGAAAGCACUUGCCAUCGCAAUAGAAAUUGGCGACAGACGAGGAGAAGGAAGAAUGAACGAGAACCUCGGGGCUGUGUUUCAUUCCCUUGACAAAUAUCAGAAGGCUAAAGAAUAUCACGAAAAAGCACUUGCCAUCGCGAUAGAAGUUGGCGACAAACGGGGAGAAGGAACGGGAUACGGGAACCUCGGAGUAAUGUUUCAUUCCCGUGGCGAAUAUCAGAGGGCUAAAGAAUAUCACGAGAAAGCACUUGCCAUCGCGAUAGAAAUUGGCGACAGACGAGGAGAAGAAACAAUAAACGGGAACCUCGGGGCUGUGUUUCAUUCCCUUGGCAAAUAUCAGAAGGCUAAAGAAUAUCACGAAAAAGCACUUGCCAUCGCGAUAGAAGUUGGCGACAAACGGGGAGAAGGAACGGGAUACGGGAACCUCGGAGUAAUGUUUCAUUCCCGUGGCGAAUAUCAGAGGGCUAAAGAAUAUUACGAAAAUGCACUUGCCAUCGCAAUAGAAAUUGGCGACAAACGGGGAGAAGGAACGGGAUACGGGAACCUUGGAGCUGUGUUUCAUUCCCUUGACAAAUAUCAGAAGGCUAAAGAGUAUCACAAAAAAGCACUUGCCAUCGCAAUAGAAAUUGGUGACAGACGAGGAGAAGGAACAGAAUACGAGAACCUCGGGGCUGUGUUUCAUUCCAUUGGCAAAUAUCAGAGGGCUAAAGAAUAUUACGAGAAAGCACUUGCCAUCGUGAUAGAAAUUGGCAACAGACAAAAAGAAGAAACAAUUAACAUGAACCUCGGAGCUAUCUUUAAUUCCCUUUGCGAAUAUCAGAAGGCUAAAGAAUAUCACGAGAAAGCACUUGCCAUUGCUAUAGAAAUUGGCCACAAACUAGGAGAAGGAACAAGCAACGAGAACCUUGGAGCUGUGUUUCAUUCCCUCGGCGAAUAUCAAAAGGCUAAAGAAUAUUACGAGAAAGCACUUGCCAUCGCAAUAGAAAUUGGCGACAGACGAGGAGAAGGAACAAGGAACGGGAACCUCGGGGUUGUGUUUGAUUCCCUCGGCGAAUAUCAGAAGGCUAAAGAAUAUCACGAGAAAGCACUUGCCAUCGCGAUAGAAAUUGGCCACAAACGAGGAGAAGGAAGAAGCAACAAGAACCUCGGAGCUGUGUUUCAUUCCUUCGGCGAAUAUCAGAAGGCUAAAGAAUAUCACGAGAAAGCACUUGCCAUCGCGAUAGAAAUUGGCCACAAACGAGGUGAAGGAAGAAGCUACGGGAACCUCGGAGCUGUGUUUGAUUCCUGUGGCGAAUAUCAGAAGGCUAAAGAAUAUUACGAGAAAGCACUUGCCAUCGCACUAGAAAUUGGCGACAGACGAGGAGAAGGAACAUUGAACGGGAACCUCGGGGUUGUGUUUGAUUCCCUCGGCGAAUAUCAGAAGGCUAAAGAAUAUCACGAGAAAGCACUUGCCAUCGCGAUAGAAAUUGGCCACAAACUGGGAGAAGGAACAAGCAACGAGAACCUUGGAGCUGUGUUUCAUUCCCUCGGCGAAUAUCAAAAGGCUAAAGAAUAUUACGAGAAGGCACUUGCCAUCGCAAUAGAAAUUGGCGACAGACGAGGAGAAGGAACAAGGAACGGGAACCUCGGGGUUGUGUUUGAUUCCCUCGGCGAAUAUCAGAAGGCUAAAGAAUAUCACGAGAAAGCACUUGCCAUCGCGAUAGAAGUUGGCGACAAACGGGGAGAAGGAACGGGAUACGGGAACCUCGGAGUAAUGUUUCAUUCCCGUGGCGAAUAUCAGAAGGCUAAAGAAUAUCAUGAAAAAGCACUUGCCAUCGAGAUAGAAGUUGGCGACAAACGGGGAGAAGGAACGGGAUACGGGAACCUUGGAGCUGUGUUUCAUUCCCUUGACAAAUAUCAGAAGGCUAAAGAAUAUCACGAAAAAGCACUUGCCAUCGCAAUAGAAAUUGGUGACAGACGAGGAGAAGUAACAAAAUACGAGAACCUCGGGGCUGUGUUUCAUUCCCUUGGCAAAUAUCAGAGGGCUAAAGAAUAUUACGAUAAAGCACUUGCCAUCGUGAUAGAAAUUGGCAACAGACAAAAAGAAGAAACAAUUAACAUGAACCUCGGAGCUAUUUUUAAUUCUCUUUGCGAAUAUCAGAAGGCUAAAGAAUAUCACGAAAAAGCACUUGCCAUUGCGAUAGAAAUUGGCGACAAACAAGGAGAAAGAGCGAGCAACGAGAGCCUCGGAGUUAUGUUUCAUUCCCGUGGCGAAUAUAAGAAAGCUAAAGAAUAUCUCGAGAAAGCACUUGCCAUCGCUGUAGAAAUUGGCCACAAACCAGGAGAAGGAACAAACAACGAGAACCUUGGAGCUGUGUUUCAUUCCCUCGGCGAAUAUCAAAAGGCUAAAGAAUAUUACGAGAAAGCACUUGCCAUCGCAAUAGAAAUUGGCGACAGACGAGGAGAAGGAACAAGGAACGGGAACCUCGGGGUUGUGUUUGAUUCCCUCGGCGAGUAUCAGAUGGCUACAGAAUGUCACGAGAAAGCACUUGCCAUCGCGAUAGAAAUUGGCCACAAACGAGGUGAAGGAAGAAGCUACGGGAACCUCGGAGCUGUGUUUCAUUCCCUCGGCGAAUUUCAAAAGGCUAAAGAAUAUUACGAGGAAGCACUUGCCAUCGCAAUAGAAAUUGGCGACAGACGAGGAAAAGGAACAAUAAACGGGAACCUCGGGGCUGUGUUUCAUUUCCUUAGCGAACAUCUGAAGGCUAAAGAAUAUCAAGAAAAAGCACUUGCCAUCGCAAUAGAAAUUGGCCACAAACGGGGAGAAGGAACAAGCAACGGAAACCUCGGGAUUGUGUUCAAUUCCCUCGGCGAAUAUCAGAAGGCUAAAGAAUAUCACGAAAAAGCACUUGCCAUCGCGAUAGAAAUUGGCCACAAACUAGGAGAAGGAACAAGCAACGGGAACCUCGGGGUUGUGUUUAAUUCCCUCGGCGAAUAUCGGAAGGCUAAAGAAUAUCACGAGAAAGCACUUGCCAUCGCGAUAGAAAUUGGCAACAAACGACUAGAAGGAACAAGCUACGGGAACCUCGGAGCUGUGUUUGAUUCCUUUGGCGAAUAUCAGAAGGCUAAAGAAUAUUACGAGGAAGCACUUGCCAUCGCGAUAGAAAUUGGCGACAAACGAGGAGAAGGAACAAGUUACGGAAACCUUGGAGCUGUGUUUCAUUCCCUUGGCAAAUAUCAGAAGGCUAAAGAAUAUUACGAGGAAGCACUUGCCAUCGCAAUAGAAAUUGGCGACAGACGAGGAGAAGGAACAAUUUACGGGAACCUCGGGGAUGUGUUUCAUUCCCUCAGCAAAUAUCAGAAGGCUAAAGAAUAUCACGAAAAGGCACUUGCCAUCGUGAUAGAAGUUGGCGACAGACGAGGAGAAGGAACGGGAUAUGGGAACCUCGGAGCUGUGUUUGUUUCCCGUGGCGAAUAUCAGAAGGCUGAAGAAUAUUACGGGGAAGCACUUGCCAUCGCAAUAGAAAUUGGCGACAGACAAGGAGAAGGAAGAAUGAACGGGAACCUCGGGGCUGCGUUUCAUUACCUUAGCGAAUAUCAGAAGGCUAAAGAAUAUCACGAGAAAGCACUUGCCAUCGCGAUAGAAAUUGGCGACAAACGAGGAGAAGGAACAAGCUACGGGAACCUCGGAGCUGUGUUUCAAUCCCUCGGCGAAUAUCAGAAGGCUAAAGAAUAUCACAAGAAAGCACUAGCCAUCGCAAUAGAAAUUGGUGACAGAAAAGGAGAAGGUUCGACAUACUCGAGUCUUGGAUGUGUUUAUUUUAUGCUUGGAAAAAAUCUGCAAGCUAAGGAACAUUUGGACAAAGCAGUCGGCGUCAGUUUAGCAAUUGGUGACAGAGAUCUAGAAACCCAAGCUAGUAUAACUUUGGCAUCUGUCUAUGCUUCUGUGAAUGACUAUCAGAAGGCAAAAGAACAUUAUGAGAAGGCGCUUACCAUCAGUGGAGAAUGUGGCAUUAGAGAGCACGAAGCAAAAAUUUACCUAAGCCUUGGAAAUCUAUUCCGAUUGCUUGGUGAAAGUGGCAAGGCUGAAGAUUACUUAGAGAAAGCUUGUUCCAUAAGCAGCCAACUUGGACAUAAAAUGACUGAGUUUCAAAGUCUUCUAAGUAUUACACAGUUAAAAGUAUCACAGUCAGAGCUUGUAAAGGCAAACGAAUGUCUUCUUCAAUGUAUCGGAAAAUAUGAGCAAAUCAGAAGUUUUCUGAAAGAAAACAGUGAAUUUGAAAUUUCUCUGUUAGAGGAAUGCGGAACUUUUCCCUACCAGUUACUCACUGACUUGCUCUGCCGUGCUGGAAAAUUUCGGGAUGCUCUUUAUGCUGAGGAGCUGGGACGAGCAAGAGUCCUUGCAGGAUUCAUGGCAGACAAGUACUCCCUGGAAAGCCACUUCACAACUGAUCCACAAUCAUGGUCUGGGAUUGAAAAGAGCGUGAAAACGGAAAGUAACUGUGUUUUUUUAUACGUUUCGUAUAGAGAGCGGCAAGUUCUUCUCUGGGUAUUGAAAGGAAAUGGAGACAUUUUCUUUCGAGCAACAGAUCAAGUGGAUAUAAACACUCUUAUUGUUGAGCAAGUCUGCGAUGUGGGAGGAGUUUUCAAAAAGAGCGCCGCCGGCUUUGGCGUUUUACCCGCAGCAAACUGCGAAGAUCGAUCAUUGAAUGACAACGUGAUGACAUCUCUUCAUGAAAAGAGCCGGGCAAAUUUGCGAGGUGACGAAACUAAAGAUACUGAAAGAACUCAUCAAUUGUGCUACAAGUGGAUCUUCGCACCUGUGGCAGAUUUACUUACUGAGCCUGAAAUCAUCAUUGUGCCCGAUCGAUUCUUGUACCGAGUCCCAUUUGCUGCCUUGCGUGAUGAAUCAGCCGAAAAGUAUUUAUCGGAGAAGUACAGAAUACGCAUCAUCCCUUCCCUGACGACUCUGCGGCUCAUCCAAGAAUGUCCCGCGGACUAUCACAGUCCAACUGGCGCACUGGUUGUGGGUGAUCCUGCGGUUGGCAAAGUGCAUUACAAUGGUGUUGUCACUAACAUUACACCAUUGUUCCAUGCAAAUAAGGAAGCAGAUAUGGUUGGUCGACUGCUCGGCGUACAGCCUUUGUCAGGAAGUCGCGCGACAAAGCAGGCGGUACUUCAAGCGAUACCUUCAGUGAGUCUGAUACAUCUUGCUGCACAUGGAAAUGCUGAAAGAGGAGAGAUUGCUCUCUCUCCUCAAUCUACCACUGACGGUAUUCCCCAAGAAGAAGACUACCUCCUGACAAUGUCCGACAUUCAAGGAGUUAAAGUGCGAGCCAAACUGGUAGUACUCAGCUGUUGUCACAGUGGGCGGGGAUUGGUAAAAAAGGAAGGAAUUAUUGGAAUCGCUCGAGCUUUCUUAGCAGCCGGUGCACGUUCAGUGUUGGUAGCAUCGUGGGCUAUAGAAGACGAAGCAACGGCUAAGCUCAUGGAACAUUUCUAUGAACACCUUGUUCGUGGAGAAAGUGCCAGCGAAUCUCUUCACCAGGCCGUUCAAUGGUUGAGAAGCAACGGCUAUCCCAAACCUUCCCAAUGGGCUCCGUUUGUGCUUAUGGGGGAUAACGUGACAUUCGAUUUUAUGAAAAAAAGGUAA